AUGCACAUAUUUCCGCAGUUGCGGAAACUGGAAGAGAAAUACGCCGAGGAGUUGGUGGUUAUCGGGGUCCAUUCGGCCAAAUUUCCCAAUGAAAGGGACGCCGACAAUGUGCUACGCGCCGCCCAGCGAUAUGAGCUGAAACACCCGGUGAUCAACGACGCCGAAUUUAAGGUUUGGCGUCAGUAUGCCUGCCGGGCCUGGCCCACGUUGAUGUUUGUGGACCCCGCCGGGAAGGUUAUCGGCAAACACGAGGGAGAACUUCCGUACGAUGACUUUGACUCCCUGUUGGGAAAGAUGAUUGCCGAGUUCGACGAACAGGGAAUGAUCGAUCGAUCGAAUCUGAAUCUGAAACCGGACGCGGUGGAGGUCUCAUCCCUGGCCUUUCCCGGCAAGGUUUUGGCCGAUGGUCCGGGCAAUCGUCUGUUCAUCGCGGAUACGAACCACAAUCGCAUCGUUAUCUCCGAUUUAAGCGGAACCGUUCGGGCGGUGGUGGGUUCUGGCGCAGAGGAUUUCAUAGACGGUGGAUAUGCGGCGGCUGCGUUCAAUCAUCCGCAGGGGAUGGAGCUGGUUUCCGAUGUGCUGUAUGUGGCUGAUACCGAAAACCACGCCAUCCGGCGCGUCGACUUGAUCGCUGAGACGGUGGACACCGUCGCCGGCACCGGUGAACAGGGCAACGACCGGCGGGCCUCCGGGCCUGGCAGACAGGUGGCGUUGAGCAGUCCCUGGGACCUGGCUCACCACGAAGGCGUGUUGUAUGUUGCGAUGGCGGGCAUCCAUCAGAUCUGGCGUUGGUCGUUAGCUAGUGGGAUCGUUGAACCACACGCCGGAACGGGCGCUGAAAGCAUCGACAACGGGCCUUUGGCCACGGCUACUUUGGCUCAACCCAGCGGUAUCACAGUAGGCAACGGACUGCUUUAUUUCGUCGACUCAGAAACCAGCAGCAUCCGCAGCGCCGGGAUCGACCCGGCGAUCGGCCGCGUAGCAACUCUGGUUGGGAUCGAUCUUUUUGCGUUCGGAGACCACGACGGUGUGGAGCAUCAUGUGCGGCUGCAGCAUCCCAUCGGCAUAGAGUGGCAUGAAGGCGAAUUGUUCUUUGCCGACACCUACAACCACAAAAUAAAGCGUUUGGUUCCACUCACGCGGUCUGUACAGACGGUGUUGGGUUCUGGCGCCACCGGGCUCCACGACGGGCCGGGAAAACUGGCAACGUUUAGUGAACCGAGCGGCCUGAGCUUUGCCGUCUUUGACGACGGACGCCCUUCGCAACUGUACAUAGCAGAUACCAACAACCACGCGAUCCGGAUUGUGGAUCUUCCAAAUGACCAGGUUAGCACUCUUGAGUUGCGUGGAUUGUAA